AUGUUGAGAAAAGCUGCAGUUGUUUUUCGGUCCGUUCGAAAGAUGUAUAUUCAAGUACAAGAUACUCCUAAUCCAUUGUCGCUGAAGUUCCUACCAGGGCAGAACAUUUUGAAGAGUAGUGGAAGUUAUGAGUUUAACAGUAUUGUGUCUGCAAAGAAUAGUCCUCUCGCUUUGGAAUUGUUCCGGAUUGAAGGUGUUAAAUCUAUUUUUUUUGGAGAGGAUUUCAUCACAAUCACGAAAAAAAGCGAAGAUGUUGAUUGGGCUGUCAUGAGAGCCGACAUUUUUUCAACUAUUGCAAACUAUUUGCAAUCAGGAAAAGAGUUGAUCAAGAGUAACGGAGAAAUUAGAUAUGAAGACACAGCUAUUUUGGAAGACGAUGAUGAUACAGUCGCCAUGAUAAAAGAGUUACUUGAUUCUCGAGUUAGACCUAUGGUACAAGAGGAUGGAGGAGAUAUCACAUACUGUGGCUUUACUGAUGGUGUGGUAAAGUUGAAGCUGAAGGGUUCUUGUACUGGGUGUCCCAGUUCUUCUGUUACAUUAAAGUCUGGAAUUCAGAACAUGUUGCAGUUUUAUGUACCAGAAGUUAAGGAUGUAAUUGAAGUGAAAACAGAAUCUGAUGAUCUUGUUGAGAAAGAGCUGGCGAAAUUCGAGGCUUCUCGUGGAAUAAAGGAUUAA